UUCAUCUUCAACUCGUGCCAUUUCCUCUCUCUCUCUCUCUCUCUCUCUCUCUCUCUCUCUCUAAAGAAGCUCUGUCUCAAAAAUACCAGAGAUUGCAAUUUGCAGUAAUUUAAAGAUGAAGAAGUGGGAUUACUACGAACACAAAAACCCAUCUUUUUCCUCCACUCUCCUCGACGAAAUUUACCGAUCCAUAGACGAUGGAGAGAAAAAACCCACCGGAGAGACGAAGUUUUACAGAGAAACAUCGACGGUGAAGAAACAGAUUAAAAGCAGAGCUUUUGAAGACCAAGAAAUGGCGAAUCUCCGGCGAGCUUGCAUGAUAGAGAAAUGGAUGGAAAAGAAAGUCGGCGAAAAGGCUAACGUUAAUAGAAAACAAGAACGCUACAGAAAAAUGACUCAUGAUUUCGACCACGAUCGCGAUGCUCUGUUUUUCACCUCUACUUCGAGUUCUUCAGAUUCUAGCUCUGGCGGCUUCUCUUCUUCCGACACCGAAUCCGUAUUCGGAACCAGAUCCUUAACCCCAUCGUCCUGUUUUGCCUCGACGACUCUCAAGGCAAUUCGCACCGGCGCCUGCGUCCGGCCGGCGGAAACAGAGAGAAAAAAGUCUCUGUUUCAGGGAAAAAAUGACCGCCACGUGUUCGACGAAUUUCCAAAGACAAAAUCAAGUGGAUUGAAGAAAGUGAAGCAACCAAUUUCUCCUGGGGUUCGACUCGCCGGAUUAAUUAAUUCCCUCUUCACCGCCGGAAAUACCAGAAGGUCGAAGAACACGACGGCGACAGAAAGGAAAAUGAAAACAGGGGAAGAAUCCACCUGUUCAUCGGCUUCUUCAUUUGCGAGAUCGUGUCUAAGCAAAAGCUCUCCUUCUUCAAGGGGAAAUGGGGCAAAAAGAUCGGUUCGUUUUUGCCCAGUUAGCGUAAUCUUCGACGAAGAUUGCAGACCCUGCGGCCAUAAAUGCCUUUACGAAGAAGAUGGAUCAAGUUUAAUGCCGGUAUCAAUUCCCACCGCCUGGAAAAUCGGCCGGUCACAGGUCGGAAAAUCAGAAGAAAAGGAACUAAAAUCGCAAUUCACAGAGACGAGCAGAAAAGUAGAAGCUGCAGCCAGAGAGCUUCUUAUAAAGAACUUAAACUGCAACAUCAAUGACAACGACGACAAUGACGGCGAUGACGACAAUGCUAGCUGUUCAAGUUCUGAUCUUUUUGAAUUAGAACAUCUGGAGAUGAUUGGCCAACGACGGUACAGCCAAGAACUUCCAGUGUAUGAAACAACUCACGUUGAGAAAAAUCGCGCCAUUUCAAAGGGCUUAUUAUUGUAAUAGUCUUAGUUAGAUUCAAUUAAAUUCGUGUGUUAUAUCAUUUUGUUACUCAAACCAUUCAAGUUAAAA